UCGCACACAGUUAAAGGCAGAAGCACUUCUUUAUAGUAGAGUUCCAGGGUUCGGAAGAAGGAAAGCUUAUUGUAAGGACUUCUUAACUUGCACUGUGCUUAAGUGCUUUUGCGGUGAGCCAUCUGGACUGGCAGGAUUUCCUUAGAAUUCCAAGUAUGUUGUCUGAAUUGGAGAAGUGGGGAUUGCUCUGAAACUCUGGGAAGGCAGCAGGAAACAUAGACAGAAGUGGUUCGUAGUUCUCAUAACGUAGGUGGCAAGAAUGGAAGACGCUUUGCCUUGCCUUGCUUCUGUGUGCAAUUCCUCAACACUUAUGAACUUCUGCACUGAUGACAGCAUUUCUGCAGCAAGCACAUCUGAUGUUCAGGACCGCCUUUCUGCUCUUGAGCUGAGAGUUCAGCAACAAGAAGAUGAAAUCACGGUGCUGAAGGCAGCAUUGGCUGAUGUAUUGAGACGACUAGCCAUCUCUGAAGAUCAUGUUGCAUCUGUGAGAAAAUCGACACCAAGUAAAGGACAUCCAGGUCUCCGGGAAGCUAUCUCUUUGUCCUGCAUCACCAAUGGGAGUGCAGGAAGUAGGAAAACCAGCCAUAGUCCUUCUGUACCUUUAGCCAGGAAAGAAACUUUUGCCUCUGCUGCUAAAAGCGGUACAGAAAAAAAGAAAGAAAAACUUCAAGGACAGACAGAGAAAAAAGAGGAGUCUCAUUCUAAUGAUCAAAACCCACAAACUCAAGCUUCACCGUCACCUUCUCCCCAGCCCUCUGCACAGACUCACCCAACACACAGGCAGACCCCAGAAGUCAAAAGCUCUGCUCCAGGCAAAAGUGUUAAGAGAUCAUCAACAAUUGAUAAAUCACACAGUGCAUGGGAAAAUUCAGAAGAGAGUCGCAAUAAACUAUUAAGGGCAGCAUCUGCAUCAAAACUGAUAUCCAAAAGUGGCAAGAAUGCAGACAAACACAAAGAUGUUAUCGUCAGCCAAGAAGGCGAAUACAUCAAAAUGUUCAUGCGAGGACGACCCAUCACAAUGUUUCUUCCUUCAGAUGUGGACAAAUAUUAUGAAAUCAAGUCAGAGUUGCCUUCUGAGAAAUUAAAACUGGAGUGGGUAUAUGGUUAUCGUGGAAGGGACUGCCGAGCCAAUGUUUACCUCCUUCCUACUGGAGAAAUUGUUUAUUUCAUAGCAUCAGUAGUAGUACUCUUUAAUUAUGAAGAACGGACUCAGCGCCACUACUUGGGACAUACAGACUGUGUAAAAUGCCUUGCCGUUCAUCCAGACAAAAUCAGGAUUGCCACCGGACAAUUAGCUGGUGUGGACAAAGAUGGAAGACCUUUGCAGCCCCAUGUUAGAGUCUGGGACUCAGUGAGCCUGAUGACUCUGCAAGUUAUUGGACUUGGGACUUUCGAGCGUGGAGUGGGCUGUCUGGAUUUUUCCAAAGCAGAUUCGGGUACGCAUUUGUGUGUGAUUGAUGACUCUAAUGAGCAUAUGCUGACUGUCUGGGACUGGCAGAAGAAGUCCAAAGUGGCAGAAAUAAAGACUACCAAUGAAGUCGUUCUUGCAGUAGCAUUCCAUCCAACCGAUAAAGACACAAUAAUAACAUCUGGCAAAUCUCAUAUAUUUUUCUGGACUUGGAAUGGCAAUUCAUUAACAAGGAAGCAAGGGAUAUUUGGGAAAUAUGAAAAGCCCAAAUUUGUUCAGUGUUUAGCAUUUUUAGGAAAUGGAGACGUUCUUACUGGCGACUCAGGUGGGAUACUGCUUAUAUGGAGCAAAACUACUGUAGAAGCCACAGCAGGGAAGGGAUCAAAAGGUGUAUAUCAGAUAAGCAAGCAAAUCAAAGCUCACGAUGGCAGCGUGUUCACACUCUGUCAAAUGAGGAAUGGGAUGCUGCUGACUGGAGGUGGAAAGGACAGGAAAAUCAUUUUGUGGGAUCAUGACUUGAACCCUGAGAGGGAAAUAGAGGUUCCUGAUCAGUACGGAACAAUCAGAGCCUUGGCUGAAGGCAAAGGAGAUCAAUUUAUACUGGGGACUUCACGGAAUUUUAUUUUGCGAGGAACAUUUAACGACGGUUUCCAAGUAGAAGUACAGGGUCACACAGAUGAACUUUGGGGCCUGGUAACACAUCCGUUCAAAGAUCUCUUCUUAACAUGUGCUCAAGAUCGGCAAGUGUGUAUGUGGAAUUCUGCAACCCACACACUUGAAUGGACCAGGCUGCUAGAUGAACCAGGACAUUGUGCUGACUUCCAUCCAAGUGGAACAGUGGUAGCAAUAGGAACACACUCAGGAAGGUGGUUUGUUCUGGAUGCUGAAACAAGAGAUUUGGUUUCAAUACAUACAGAUGGCAACGAGCAGCUCUCAGUGAUGCGCUACACAGUAGAUGGCACCUUACUUGCUGUGGGGUCCCAUGACAACUUCAUUUACCUCUACACAGUAACAGAAAAUGGAAGGAAAUACAGCAGAUACGGAAAGUGCACGGGACAUUCCAGCUAUAUUACACACCUUGACUGGUCCCCAGAAAAUAAGUACAUAAUGUCAAACUCGGGAGACUAUGAAAUAUUAUACUGGGACAUUCCAGCUGGUUGUAAACUAAUGAGGAAUCGUUCAGAGUGUAAAGACAUAGAUUGGACAACAUAUACUUGUGUGCUGGGAUUUCAGGUAUUUGGAGUGUGGCCUGAGGGAUCAGAUGGAACAGAUAUAAAUGCUCUUGUCAGAUCCCACAACAGAAAAGUGAUUGCUGUUGCUGAUGACUUUUGUAAAGUCCAUCUGUUUCAGUAUCCCUGCUCCAAGGCAAAGGCCCCAAGUCAUAAAUACAGUGCCCACAGCAGCCACGUGACCAAUGUCAGCUUCACUCAUAGUGACAGUCAUUUGAUUUCAACUGGAGGAAAAGAUAUGAGUAUCAUUCAAUGGAAACUUGUGGAGAAAGCAACUUUGCCACAGAAUGACAUUGCCAUAGACAUGGGCACGCCCAAAAUGCCUGUAAGCACCGCUGAGAGCUUCAUACAGCAGAGUCCCCCUGUUCCCCUUGUUCAGUCAUUUGAUGAAAUGGCAGCCACUGAAAGCGUGACAGAUGGUUCCCUAAUAUCUCUGGAGUGUAAUCUGGAGCAGACUGUGGAGGCCAACGAGGAGCAGAACGAGGAACAAAGUGAGGGGAGCAGCCUGGACCCCGGUGAGCCAAACUGUGAAGAGCCAUCCAACGAAACCAGUGAGGAACAGAGCAAAUGCACUGUUAUGGAAGACCAGCCUGAAAAUUCUCUGAUGUCAUAACAGCUCAAAACUCCAGAUGGUCUUUAUAUCCUGUUGUUGUUUUUCCUUCAGUGUGCAUACAUUUGUAAAGGGCAAUAGGGUUCAGGAAGGGGUAAGGGAAACAGCUCUCUAUCAGGAACCACUCCACUUGUUGGGUUUCCAUUGAAGGCUUUCAGUCGGAUCUUCUGUUUUUAAUGCAUGGCACUAUUGUAAGGACCCACCUUGACAGUUCUGGUCAAUGACCGAUCAAGAUAGUAAGACGUAACCAUACAUUAAAAACAACAUUCUGAAAUUGCUUUCCAAAAGAGGCAGGGGAGUAGAAGGAAAGGAGGAAUUGGUUCCAGCAGUACGCUGGGGAGAGGGAAAAGGAGUCUUCUGUAUGAGAACUCUUAACACCAAACAGAAGCGUUGAGUAAUACUUGCUGUGUAAUGCAUCCCAGGUGCAAGCUCUUUACAGAGCGCUCCUUUCUUUUUUUAUAUUAAAAAGAGAAGGAGAGGAGGACACUGUCCCAGCAGAGCCAUAUAACACACCACACGUACUGCCUUCUUAAUCAACACCUAUGCAGUUUUCUAACACUAGUAAUUCCUACUAGCCUCUGGACAUUAUCUGCCCUGGGUGCUGCUACUUCUAAGACAACUUAUAUUACAGAACACACCUCAUUGUUCCCAGUUCAUGGAUCUUAAAAGAUCGAACUUAAGACAGCAAGCUUUGUUUUUUUAAAAAAAAAAAUCUUGUUUUUUUUUGUUGUUGUCCCUCUCCCUCUCCUUCUUCUUCUUCUUUUUCUUCUUCAUUUUUUUUAAAUUGAUGGCUGCCGUCUGAUGUCUUUUCAAGGAGCUAAUUGCCUGUACAUUAUCAAAACUCAAGAACGCCUACUGUGACGAUGUUGUACUGACUUGACUGCAUAUGACUAAAGUUCUAUUUCUCAAGUUAAAGCUUGGCCUUCAGAUACAACUCAUUUCCUCAAUAAGAGGCUAAAUAUUAGAAGAAUACCAUUAAGUUAUGAAAUCUGGUGCUUGGGAUUAAUAUAAUAAACCAAUCACCUAUGAAAUCUUUAGGAAUAACCAUAACAACGAAAGACAGAUAGGCUUUUUCAUAGCCUCCUUUUUAAUAGCUGUAAUAUAAAUGUCACAUUUACUUGGAUUAUGUUGGAUAUAGUUGGAUUUUUUUUUCUUUGUGUGUUGUAAUUUUUGUGUAUUUGUUUUUACUCUCUUUCCCUGGUUUUAUAAGCCGUGCAGCUCUAAGAUGGCUGGACCUGGCCAGUUGUGGGAUAUCAUGGCAUUUUAAGAUACAUUUGGAAAACUAGCUUUUAAACAAAAUAUAUGUGGGGGCAAAUCCUGUCAGCUACAUUUUCUUAAGUAUCUAGAAUUUCCUACAUUUAAAAAGUUUGCUGAAAAAAUUCCUACUUGUUUAUGUUUUGAUUACAUAGGAUUCUCUUGUUUUAUAAAUUGUGCUGAUAUUUUAGCAUUUAGUUAGAAAUCAUGUUUAGAAAUUUUGGAUGAGUUUGUUAAGUCUUAAAUGUGCAAGCGUUUACGUGAUUGUGCCAUUCCAAAGUGCAUCAGAACUGUCAUUCCCUUCUAGUAUCUUCUCAGGAGUAAAUGCUUCAGAUCAGGUAUCUCAUCAAUUCAUCAUUGGUAACAUUUGGGAACUCCCAAAGGACAGAUGGACAGACACACCCAUACACACAGAUAUAAUUUCCUCUUGUUUACAUCCAUUCCGGAAACCUCAAAAUAAUUCUCUACAAAUGGAGAGAGAUGUGGAUUCCAAGCCAACCCAUCGUUUUCAUUGUUUUGUUUUAAACUGUACUGUUAAAUAUUAAUGUUAUUGGAAAGCCCUAGUCUGUGACUGACCACUUCACUAUUUUAAGAGUGGGUGAUACAAAUUUAAUGGCUAAAAUUCAGUAGCAAGUCACAAUUAGAGUAGACUCAUAAAGUCAUUGAAACUUAUAGCGGAGUUGACUCACCAAAUCCCCACUGUUUCAGUGGGCCUAUUCUGUCUUCAACAUACUACUGGAUUUAAGCCAUUUUGUCAGGAAAUGGAUUCCUUUGAGUGGUAUCCAGUAAGUUUCGGGGUGGGGGGGACAUCCACCAAUGGAAGAGGGUGUUUUUAACUAUUCACAUGCCAUAUCUUCAACAACAAUUUGUUUAGAAAGAAAUUGGAGUGGGGCAUACAAGAGCCUUCACAGCAGGAAGAGAAUAAACAAAAAAGCAGUUUCUCCUACUUCUGAUAGAUGCCUUUUGAGCGUCGAGUUACACUCACCAAAAUUGACACCAACUUUUAAGUAGGUGGGGGAAAUGUGGCUCAUGAGCCAUAUGUGGGCCCUCAGUUGCAUUUUUGCAGGCCCUAAGUCUCUCCUGAGUCUCUUGCUCCCACUGGCAAAAAGUGCAAAAAAGUUUUUUUUCAAAAAAAGAACAGAAAUCAGGUUUUCAGUUCCAGAAGGCCUCCAAGGUGGUAAUUUCUUGCUUUAGUUAGGCUGGGGUGGGGAACAAGCUGGCCCCCCACCCAAAAAAAACAUAAGUGGCUAUUUCCUGGCAUUUCCUGUUUUGAAUCUUUCCUCUAUUUUUUACCAUGGGGGGGGGCUUGGUGUAGCCUGUGAUGGUCUUAGAUGUGACAAAUUGGCCCCCAAGCCUACAAUAAUUCUCCAUUCCUCUUUUCAAAUGAAUGGUGAAAGGUGAAAAAAGUACUUCUAGUAAGCAAGAGACCCCUUCCUUAUAUCUUCACUGAAUACCACAUACAUUACAUUUCAUUUAAGCAAACAUUGCUUAUCACCUUGGGGUUGCCAUGUAAAAGGAGAAUUUAGUUUUAAUUUUUCUGGUGUUGUAGUUCAAAUGAGUUUUGUUUUUUUUAAUGCAAAAAAUAAAAAAUGAAAAUGAAAAAGCAAGCCUUACAGCUUUGGAUUGCUGGCAACUACUGUUUAAUGGGUAAUUAAAUCUGUGAUAAUGGAUGGAAAUGAGUGGGAUUAUGUUAACUGUAGAUGUUCUAGGGGAAAAUUGUGAAUGAAAUAUGAUUUAAGAGUGUCAUGUGAAGAUGUUUGAGCCAUUUCUAUCUAUCAUGCAUUCCUGUCUCAUGGCAGAAAAAUUUGAAGAUUUAAAAAUAAGAAUAAUAAAAGAAUCAAAAUAA